CUCCUGCUCUGUGAAUAGAAGGAUGUGCGCUCGCUGAUGCUGAAUAUUCGCACAGCGCUCUGGCUGUUGCUGACCUGGCUGAGUGUGACCAGUGCGCUAAUACAUGGGGAUUAAAAGGAGUGCGUUCCCCUGCGCGUGCCGGGAAGAGCGCUGACGCUGAUGGGCCGGGACACGCGUGGCAGUGACAGAAGAUAAGGAUGACCGCAGACAGAGGAAUUCAUUGUGAGGAGGAAUCUGUGCGUACUUCACCCACCCAGGUGUUUAUCAGCUCCGCUCCCUGAAGGAAACGCUGACCUUCAGGUGUGCAGCUCGCAUGACAGCCCUGCGCCAGGUAACUGAAGGGUUUCUCCUUUCGGCUGAGGGCAGCGUGACGAGCCGGAGCUUUCGGGACGCCCGUCGGAGAGGAGAUGCACUCCACUCGGCUCCACUCGCAGAUGAUCCGUAAUUUGUGAAAUUAACAGCACUAAACCGCCAACUCCGCAAGGACCAAUUACGCGUCGAAGGGACUCGGGGGGGGCCAAGAUGAAGGAUAUGUCAUUUGUGGUUUGUUUUUGCGCCGGGCUCACAAUGGCUGCCUUUGUUCUUGCCUCGGAGGAGAAGGACAGCUGCCCUCACUUGUGCUCUUGUGAGAUCAGACCGUGGUUUUCUCCCAGCUCUAUCUAUAUGGAAGCCGCCACUGUCGACUGUAAUGACUUGGGACUGUUCCUUCUACCUGAGCGAUUACCCGCCGACACCCAGGUCUUAUUACUCCAGACGAACAAUGUUGCCGAGAUUAAGGAACCCCUGGACUACCUGGCCAACAUCACUGAGAUAGACCUAUCUCAAAACAAUCUGUCCUCCAUGGGCGACCUCAAUCUCGGACGCCUGCCGAAGCUCCUGUCCCUGCACAUGGAGGAAAACUGGAUUCGCUCGCUACGUAACGGCUCCCUGGCCGAACUCACCAACCUGCAGGAGCUGUACAUUAAUCACAACCUCAUCUCCUCCAUUGCUCCCGGGGGCUUCCAGGGCCUGCGGAACCUUCUGAGACUCCACCUGAACUCUAACAGGCUGCAGGUGAUCAGCAGCCAGUGGUUCGAGGCCACACCUCGACUGGAGAUCCUGAUGAUUGGAGAGAAUCCGGUCGUCAGGAUCCAGGAUAUGAACUUCAAGCCUCUCGUUAACCUCCGCAGCCUGGUGCUGGCCAGAAUGAACCUGUCGGAAAUUCCCGACGACGCUUUGGUGGGCCUGGACCACCUGGAGAGCAUCUCGUUUUACGACAACACAUUCGCCCGUGUGCCCCACGCCGCUCUGAGGAAGGUCCAGAGCCUUAAGUUUCUGGAUCUUAACAAAAACCCCAUUCAGAGAAUACAGCGGGGCGACUUUGUGGACAUGCUCCACUUGAAGGAGCUGGGCAUAAACAGCAUGCCCGAGCUGGUGUCCAUCGACAGCUUUGCGCUGAAUAACUUGCCUGAGCUGACCAAAAUCGAGGCGACAAACAACCCCAAGCUCUCGUACAUCCACCCCAACGCUUUCUACAAGCUGCCCAGGCUGGAGACGCUAAUGCUGAACAGCAACGCCCUCAGCGCCCUGCAUCGGAUUACAGUGGAGUCUCUGCCGAACCUCAGGGAAGUCAGCAUGCACAGCAACCCCAUCCGCUGCGACUGUGUCAUCCGCUGGGUAAACAUGAACAAGACCCAGAUCCGCUUCAUGGAGCCCGAGUCUCUGUUCUGCGUGGAGCCGCCCGAGUACGAGGGCCAGCACGUGCGGCAGGUGCACUUCAGGGAGAUGACGGAGAUCUGCCUGCCGCUCAUCUCUCCUGAGAGCCUGCCCGCCCGCGUCAGCGCCGGGAACGGCAGCUCCGUCUCGCUGCACUGCCGCGCCUUCGCCGAACCCGAGCCCGACAUCUACUGGAUCACGCCGUCCGGCGAGAGGGUCCUGCCCAACAGCGUCUCCGACAGGUACCGCAUGCACCCUGAGGGGACAUUCGACAUCUACGACAUCACGGAGCAGGAGGCCGGCCUGUACACCUGCGUCGCCCACAACCUGGUGGGUGCAGAUCUCAGGUCGGUCGCCGUGGAAGUGGAUGGAUACUUCCCAGAUCCUCUGAGUGGUCCGCUGAAUGUACAGAUCAAUGCCGUGCAGCCCAACUCUGUUCUGGUGUCGUGGAAGGCGGCCCAGGGCGGGCUGGCACCGAACAUUAAGUGGUCAACCACGUCGAAGGCGGACCACCCCACGGUGGCGUUCACCGCCAGGGUUCCCUCCGAUGUGAAGGUGUACAACCUGACGCACCUGAACCCUGCGACCGAGUACGAGGUGUGUGUGGACAUCCCCAGCAUCCACCACGAACACAGCAGCAAGUGCGUCAACGUCACCACCAAGGGGCCGGAGCUGGCCGCCGAGAGCUACGAGAAGUGGGACGCGGCGGUCAUCGCGAUCUUUGGUGUGCUUCUGGGCGUGGUCUCCGUGGCCUGCUCGCUGGUUUACGCCUCUCUGAGGAACCAGCACGUUUUCGGGGUUUUGACCAAAUCCCAGUCGAAAAUCUCCCUGGGGUCCGUGGCGGGCCUGCACUCCCCCCUGACCAGGCUUUGGGUUUCUGGGAAAGGCAUGCCCUCCGCGGUCGAGGUAAAAGCCACAGUAAUCAACGUAUCAAACAAUUCCUUAUAAGAACAGUUUGCCGCAACACUGCAGCAGUGAAGGGACUUGGCAACAGGGAGAAGCACAGAGGAGGGACUAUGAAACCUGUGCCUUCUCUGCCUCAACACUGACACUCUGGACCAUUACGAGACUCAUUCAGGGGGUCUGCCUGUGUUAGCGGAGACCUCAUGUGCCAACAUCACUGAAGGCGUGGCUUUACAGCAGACGUACUGGCAGGGGCCAGCAGGAGCUAUAGAUGUGCCAUACAAUGUCAUAUUCCCGGGUACUGGCCAUUUGUACGGAGCAAAUGGAAUAAAGGCAGAAGGAAGUGUUGUCUCUGUUAUUGACUGUUAUAUAUGUAAAGAGUAGUGGAACAAUCUUUGUGGUCCUGAGCAAUACCCUCUGUGCUGUACUUACAUACA